AUGAUGAAUAGUUGUGGAGUGAAUUUGUCUAACUCCCUCAAUGGUUUCCCAUCAUUAACCUGCUGUUCACCUUUUACAAUUUUUGGAGGCGAUAGCUGUGGUUCUUGCGGAGGCUGUGGAUCUUGUGGUGGUUUUGUACCUUGCGGCGCUUUUGGUGGUUGUGUUCCCUGUAGCGGUUGUGGUCCUUGUGAUGGUUGCGUUCCCUGCAUUCCCUGUGGUGGCUGUAGACCUAGUAAUGGGUGUGAACCUUUUGGCGGUUUUAGUUCUAGCGAUGGUAAUAAACUUUGUGGUCUUUGCUGCGUACCUUGUGGCGGUUGUGGUUCGUGUAAUGAUUGUGAUCCUAGCUGUGGUUCAUGUGGUGGCUGUAAACCUUGUGGUGGUGGUAGUUGUGAACCUUGUGGUGGUGUUGGUGGUUGUGAACCUAGUGGUGGUGGUUGUUGUGAACCUUGUGGUGGUGGUGGUGGUAGUUGUGAACCUUGUGGUGGUGGUAGUUGUGAACCUUGUGGUCCUUGUGGAGGCUGUGAUCCUAGCUCCACCAAACGUUUUUAUAUAACGAUUCUUCAGUUCGUGCCACCAAAAGAUGUUUGCAUAUCUCCGUGUUUGAACUACAACGAGGAACGUUUGCCUCUCAAGAAACGUUACGUGAGGAAGCGCUGCUGCUGCAAUUUGGACUACAUCCCUCAGAGUCUUCCUUUCAGUCCGAAGUUCUUCUGCAAGUUCAGUUUGUUCAAAGAGGCCAAAAAUAAAGACAGCGGCGAUGAAGGCGAAAAAGGCGGGAAAGACGAAAAAGGCGGGAAAAACGAAAAAGGCGGGAAAGACGAAAAAGGCGGGAAAGACGAAAAAGGUGAAAAAGGCGAAAAAGGUGAAAAAGGCGAAAAGAGCGGGAAAGGCAAAAAGGACGGGAAAGGUGGUGGGAAGAAGAGCGGGAAAAGUGGAAAAGGCGGCAAGAAAGGGAAAAAACCUAGUAAGACUGUAGCCAAAAGUUCAUUUUUAAUCGAUAACCAUAACAGCGUUGGUUGCGAACUUGAGACAAUGCAUCCAACCAGAUCAUCAAAUCUUCCCAAAAUUUUAUAA